AUGUACCAGAGCUUGGCCAUGGCCGCGAACCACGGGCCCCCGCCCGGGGCCUACGAGGCGGGCGGCCCCGGUGCCUUCAUGCACGGCGCGGGCGCCGCGUCCUCGCCCGUCUACGUGCCCACUCCACGCGUGCCCUCCUCGGUGCUGGGGCUGUCGUACCUCCAGGGCGGAGGCGGCGGCGCGGCGUCCGGGGCCACGUCGGGGGGCGGCUCGGGGUCCGCCCCGUCGGGCGCCGCCGGACCCGGGACGCAGCAGGGCAGCCCGGGCUGGAGUCAGGCGGGAGCCGACGGAGCGGCCUACACCCCUCCGCCGGUGUCCCCGCGCUUCUCCUUCCCGGGGACCACCGGGUCCCUGGCGGCCGCCGCCGCCGCCGCCGCCGCCCGGGAAGCCGCAGCCUACGGCAGUGGCGGCGGGGCGGCGGGCGCGGGCCUGGCGGGCCGCGAGCAGUACGGGCGCGCGGGCUUCGCGGGCUCCUACUCCAGUCCCUACCCGACCUACAUGACCGACGUGGGGGCGUCGUGGGCCGCGGCCGCGGCCGCCUCCGCCGGCCCCUUCGACAGCCCGGUCCUGCACAGCCUACCCGGCCGGGCCAACCCCGCCGCUCGACACCCCAAUCUCGUAGACAUGUUUGAUGACUUCUCAGAAGGCAGAGAGUGUGUCAACUGUGGGGCUAUGUCCACGCCACUCUGGAGACGAGAUGGGACAGGGCACUACCUGUGCAACGCCUGUGGCCUCUACCACAAGAUGAAUGGCAUCAAUCGGCCCCUCAUCAAGCCUCAGCGCCGCCUGUCUGCCUCCCGCCGAGUGGGCCUCUCCUGUGCCAACUGCCAGACGACCACAACCACGCUGUGGCGCCGCAAUGCUGAGGGCGAGCCUGUGUGCAACGCCUGCGGCCUCUACAUGAAGCUCCAUGGGGUCCCCAGGCCUCUUGCAAUGCGAAAAGAGGGCAUUCAAACCAGAAAACGGAAGCCCAAGAACCUGAAUAAAUCUAAGACACCAGCAGGUCCUCCAGGCAGUGAGAUCCCUCCCAGCAGCAGCGCCUCCAGCAACUCCAGCAAUGCCACCACCAGCAGCAGCAGCGAAGAGAUGCGUCCCAUCAAGACAGAGCCGGGGCUGUCAUCUCACUACGGACACAGCAGCUCCAUGUCCCAGACAUUCUCGGUCAGUGCCGUGUCUGGCCACGGGCCCUCCAUCCACCCCGUUCUCUCAGCCCUGAAGCUCUCCCCACAAGGCUAUGCAUCUCCAGUCAGCCAGUCGUCACAGGCCAGCUCCAAGCAGGACUCUUGGAAUAGCCUGGUCCUGGCUGACAGUCAUGGGGACAUAAUCACUGCGUAA